AUAGUAGAUUUAUUAUAGCAAUUUGUUUUUUUUCGUCGAGUCUGCGUAUGAAGCCCUUCUCUUCAUAUAUUCGGCCCAGGAACGACGGUUAUGGAAGACGAGGAGAGACAGAAGAAAUUGGAGGCCGGUAAAGCGAAGCUGGCCGAAUACAGGCAGAGAAAGGCUCAGGCGGACGGACAAAGUAGACCCCGGAGGAAGAAGAAAGGAUCCAGGGCCAAGGAGGCCGAUCCUACCGGAGAUGAAGGAGACCCCGACCCUCCCCGCAGUGGCCAGGGUGGGACACCGGCGCCCCCGGCGGAGUUCACCAUCUCAAGGACACUGCGCAGCGGGGAGACGGUCAAGCACGACCAAACGUACACAAUUGAGCCUGAAAGUGAGGUGUCCACUACGGCAGAGGACUGUUCUUCAGAGGUCAAUGGGUGCCACGUGGUGACAGAAAGUACAAAGGGAUCUCGCAAGGAUGUCACAUGGGAGGAAGACCUGCUGCUGUCCGGACCUCACUCCGAGCACGAGGGCCUGGACUCCCAGACACGGCUGCAGAUGGUGGAGGAUGAGCUGGCCGUGAAGAGCCAGGAGGUGGAGGAGCUGAGGAGGAAGCUCCAGGACAUAAGGGCCACCUUCGGGGCAGAGGGAGUGCAGCAGCUCCAGGACUUUGAGGCCGCGAUUAAGGACCGUGACGGCAUCAUCACUCAGCUCACGGCCAACCUGCAGCAAGCUCGCAAGGAGAAGGACGAAAUUAUGAGGGAGUUCCUGGAGAUGACGGAGCAGAGUCAGAAACUGCAGAUCCAGUUCCAGCAGCUCCAAGCGGGAGAGACCUUGAGGAACACGAGUCACAGCAGCACGGCUGCGGACCUCCUCCAUGCCAAGCAGCAGAUCGUCACGUACCAGCAGCAGAUCCACGAACGGGACGCAGAGCUGCAAGGACAGCGAGAGAGGAGUCAACAGCAGCUCCUGCGGAUCAACAGGCUGCAGGAUCAACUUGCACAGAAUGAAACGCUGGUGAGGACACUAGAGGAAUCGUACGCGCAGAAGCUCAACGAGAAGGACUUAUUAAUCACCAAGCAACGGGAGCUGAUAUCAGAGCAGGAGAGCUCACUCACACGGUUGAAAGAGGAGCUCACAGCCUCCCAGAAGACGUCGGGUGAGCUUAACACUCAGGUUGCCGCGAGCAAUCAGGAAUUGGAGAGCUACAGAAGCGAGCUGGCUGGUUCCAAGCAGAGAGAGAGGAGGUCAUCGGAAGAGAUCCAGCAGCUGAUGGCCACAGUGGAAGACCUGCAGAAACGCUGCCAUAAGGAGAGCCAGUCGGAGAGCGACAUCCUGCAACGAGUGGAAGGAGACCUGGAGAAGAAGAUGGAGCAGCUCAGAGCCGAGCUAGACGAGAUGUACGGGCAGCAGAUCGUCCAGAUGAAGCAGGAGCUCCGCCUGCAGCAUUCCCAGGAAAUGGAGAAGCUGAUGGAACGUCACAAGGUGGAGCUGGAGCGCGUGGGAGCACGGCCAGCCGUGGACCCGGAACAGGUGAGCACGCUGAACAACACGAUCGGCGAGAUGCAGCAGACGUUGCGCGAUGCUCAGAUGCAGGAAGAGGAAGCGAACCGGAAGCUAAACAGGGUGUCAGAAGAGAAGCUCAGCUUGCAGAGUCAGGUGGACGAUCUGUUGAAGGACCUGCGUGCCGCAAAGGGGAGAGCCGAAAGGGCAUCACAGAGCAUAAGCUUCCAAGAGAAAAAGCUGAGUGAGGCCGAGAAGCUCCACGGCAUCAUUGGUGACCUGCGCGCUCAGCUGGCCGCCAUGGCAGAAGCUACCAAGGAGCUGGAGGUCAAGCACGAAUCCGAGGUGACCAACUACAAGAUCAAGCUGGAGAUGAUGGAACGCGAGAAGGAUGCCGUGCUGGACCUGAUGGCCGAGUCGCAGGAGGCCGAGCUGGAGAGACUGCGGACACAGCUCCUGUUCAGCCAUGAAGAGGAGCUUGUCAAGCUCAGGGAGGACCUGCAGAGGGAGAACCUGCUUAACAUCGAGAACCUCAAGGACGAGCUGGCCUCGAAACACAAACAAGGGCUUGAGAAGGUGCAGAGGAGUCUGGAGGAGCAGCUCCGCAUCGCGAGAAGCGAGAAGGAUGGCGUGCAGAGCGAGAGAGACACACUGGUGUUAGAGAUCACUGUGCUGAGGAACCAACUGAACGAGUCACUGGAAAAUGACAAGUCAGAGGAGCUGACUUUGCGACUUGGGGAGCUUGAGGCGGAGAUAGCAGAGUUAAGGAAAGAAGGAGUGGAGAAAGGGACCUUCGAAAGGGAAAUCCAGGAGCUGAUAUGCCGGAAUGAUCAUCUUGAGAAGCAGGGCAAGGAAAGAGAGGCGUCCUGGCAGCAGAUUCGUAAAGAGCUGGAAUCAGAGAACAUGGCUUUUAAGGAAGCCAACAUGACCAUCACACAGGAGUCCCUGCACGCACGUGAGGAAAAUGAGCACCUGACCGCUGAAAUUGACCAGCUGAAUAAGAGGAUAAACGACCUGGAACGGGAAGCAGAGGCUCAGAGGAACACUUUCUCCUUCGCCGAGAAGAACUUCGAGGUGAAUUACCAGGAGCUUAAGGACGAAUACGCGUGCCUGGCCAGCUCCAAAGUAGAAUUAGAGAAAAAGCUCCAGAAGAAGAUCCUGGGCUAUGAGGCCAGGCUGAGGGACCUUCAUUUACAGAUCUGCGAGCAACGGGGCCACGAGGAGCGAGCCGGGGAGCAGCAAGACGGCACCAGGAAGACCCGUGAGAUGGAUGAGGAUUUCUACGACGCUGUUGAGGUACUGGAGAAGGAUGCCUUCGAGCUCAUGGAGAAGCUGGAGGUCGCGGAAAGGGAGAAAGACGGACUGCUGCUGCAGCUGGUGGACGUCUCCCAGCAGCUGGCUUCGAAGGAGAGUCGUGUUGAGGAGCUCGAAGUCAAGCUGGAGGCUGUCAGGGAGGAGAACCGGCGAAGUGUGGUGAGGAGGGAGCAGGAGCCCCUUCAGCAAAGGGGAGGGGAGAGCCUCUCUGGCGAUCCCCCUGGCCACGCAGUGUUUCAGGAGGAGAAGGCGUUCACGCUCCAAUCCUCCCUGCAGCCCGUCAAGGAGCAGAGCGCGGAGGAGCAGCGCGCCGUGCUUGAGCCCGGCGCUCCCGGGGGGGCACCUGUUGAGAGCAGCCCCGCCGCCCCAGCUCUGCCGUCAGACGGAGAGAGCCCAAGGCAGCGGGGCGCGGCGGAGGUCUCCCUGCACGUGGAACUACAAGAGAAGGACCGGGCUCUGGCUGCCGCAGAGCAGGAGAUCCGGGAUUUAAAGGAGAAUCUCCGCAUGCUGCGCGCCUGGCGUACUGAGGAUGGGCAGGAGAUGGGAGAGCCGGGCUCCGGCGUUGUCAGCGAGGAUGAGUUCAGUCUCCAGAUGGAGGCCCAGCGCAUCAGCCUGUCCCAGAUCCACGCCGCGCAGCUGGAGCUGCUGCAGGAGAGCCUGCAGGCAGAGAGAGAGGCCGCCCUGCGCAGCCUGGAGCUGGAGCUACGCGCCUCCCACUGGCGGGAGCUGGAGAGGCUGCGGGAGGCGCUGGACUUGAAAGGCGACGUCUCAGACCCUUCGGAGUGGCCGGAGGCCUGUCUGGGACAGGUGGAGAGGCUGAAGGCGGAGCUCCAGGAGCAGCGGGCUCAGCUGGAGGAGCGGCACGGCCUGGAGAUAGAGCACCUGCGCUCCUACCACCAGCAGCAGGCUAAGGAGGCGGAGGAGCGCUACGGUGCCGAGAUCCUCCUGCUCCAGCACCAAGUCCAGGAGCUCGCUGGGGACAAGGUCCUGUCCAGAAUUUCAGCAGCAAUGCCGUCUUCUGGACCCGAGAAGAUGGAAGAAAGCGAGGAAAUCAAGCUGGAAGACGUUGAGAUGGAGACGGAGCUGAUGCAGCUGCUGAAGCCGAUGGGCCUGAGCACGCAGCUGCAGGCGCUGAGGAAGGCUCUGCGUGACAAGUACCUCCAGGAGGUGGCCUUCCUGCGGGAGGAGCACCGCACCGAGCUGGAGCCCCUGGCCCAGGGGCCCGGGGCUGACGGGCCGGACCCCGCCUCACUUAUGGAGUCACUGGAGAAGCAGCACCAGGAGAAGGUGGAGGUGGAGAUAGCAAAGGUGAUCGUGCAGAUGUCCGUGGAAUUCGCCCAGCAGACGGAGCGUGCCAGACUGGCCAAGCGCGCCAGGGAGACCUCGUCGGGGAUACAGACGCAGAGCGAGGAGCUGGACUGGCAGGAUGCCCGGGAUGGCGGCGAGCUGGAGGAGGUGGAUGCGGCCUCCUGUCCUCUGGGGCGUCCCAGGGAGCUGCAGGAGGCCGGAGCCGGCCCGCCCAUGGCGAAGGCGGCUCAGGAGGUCACGCUGAAGGCGCUGCAGCAGGAGCUCGGCCAACAGGACCUGGAGCACCAGCAGGCCCUGGAAGUACUCAGGGUGACGCACACUGAGCAGCUGGAGCUGCAGAGGGACCAGCAGCUGCAGCUGAGCGCCGAGCUGGAGCAGCUGAGAGCGCAGCUGGCACAGAGAGAAGCUGAGCUGAAAGACCUCUCCCCUGAUGAUGGAGUCAUGGCGGCAGAUGAAAGCAGAGCGCCCCCGAAACCCGUCUCCACCACGCGAAGCAGCGGCACACAGACCGAGCCGACUUCAGUGGAGCCUGAAGAGGGUGGAAGAGAGACCCCCCGUGGAGGCGGAGCCAAACCGACAGCCACUUUCCCGGCAUCAGACGAACCCGAGCCGCCUUCCACAGACGUUAUUACCACUGAAAGGAACCUGCUCCGUAAGGCCAACGCGACCUUGUGGCAAGUGCUGAGCGACGUCCUGAAGACCACCAGGGCCGCCGAGGAGACCAUCGGCCGCCACGUCGAGGGCCUGCUGGAGGCGUCCAGCAGGGGGCAGCCUCGCCACAGGUCUGCAUGGCAGAGAGCAGAAGCGGAGCCCAUUAAGCCCCGUGGCGAUGCCUUGGCGGCCGACCCCGGUGGAGGUCACAAGGUAGAUGGAGAGGCCUCUCCUGGCCUCUACUGUGGCGGCGAGGUAGAUGGCGAGGCCUCUCCUGGCCUCUACUGUGGCGGCGAGGUAGAUGGCGAGGCCUCUCCUGGCCUCAUCUGUGGCAGCGAGGUAGAUGGCGAGGCCUCUCCUGGCCUCUACUGUGGCAGCGAGGUAGAUGGCGAGGCCUCUCCUGGCCUCUACUGUGGCAGCGAGGUAGAUGGUGAGGCCUCUCCUGGCCUCUACUGUGGCAGCGAGGUAGAUGAACCGACGGCCAUGAAUUCUUUCCGGACUUUCUGGAAUCCCGGAACGCUGGGGGACUCCUGGGUGGAGGGGCUGGACCGGGACAUCUACGAGGUGGAGUCCCGUGUGCCUCUGCCCAGACCCUUUCCCUUACCCACGAUCUUAAGCGAGAAGAACGCCGUGGUCGUACACACUCAGAUAUCGCACGUCAGUAACAGGAAGAAUGGACACUUGCUCAAAGUUGUCUCUAAGAUAUCUUUGCCCACGCCUCCGUACACUCUGGAGCACGCCAGGGUGGCUCAGACGGAGCUGAUGCGAGAGUCCUUCAGGCGAAAUGAGGAGAUGCACGAUCUGCUGAGGAGGCAGGAGGAGCUGCAGGAGCAGCUGGUGGAGGAGGCCAAGGUCCGGGAGCAGCUGGCCAUGGAGCUCCACAGGGCCGAAGGCCUGAUCGACGGCUACACGGACGAGCGCACCACUUCGGAGGCCCGACUGCGGGAGAAGGAGGAGCUGCAGCUGCACCUGGAACAGGAGCUGCGUGUGACGGGCAGCCGCCUGCAGGAGCUGGAACAGGAGCGGCAGCAGAUGGAGCAAGAGCGGGAGCUGCUGGCCAGGCAGCAGGGGGCCAUGCGUGGCGUGGCGGGGCCCCGCGAGCUCUGCCUAGUUGAAGCUGCAGUUGAUGCAGCCCCUGAAGCAGGUCUGCUGGAGGAGACUGAAAAACUAAUGAAGGAGAAGGUGGAGGUGCAGCUACAGGCCGAGAAGGACAACAGUGACCUCCAGAAGCAGGUGAAGUGUCUGGAGAUGGAGGUGGAGGAGCAGGUCAACAAGGCCAUCGAGCUGGAGGAGGAUCACCGGGCCGAGAGCAGCGACCUGAGGCAGCAGAUCCAGGCCCUGGAGAAACAGCUGGAAAACAACAGGAAGUUCCUGGAUGAGCAGGCCGUCGACCGGGAGCACGAGCGAGAUGUUUUCCAGCAGGAAAUCACCAAGUUAGAAGUGCAGCUGAAGAACACCGUGAAGCAGCAGUCCAGCAAUGACGAGCGAACCCGAGAGGUGGAUCAGCUGACCACCCAGCUGAAGGAGAAAUCUGAUUGGUGCAGCGAGCUGCUGCUGGGCUCCGAGCAGCUGCAGAGGGACAUCCAGGAGCGGAACGAGGAGAUCGAGAAGCUGGAGGGGCGCGUGCGGGAGCUGGAGCAGGCUCUGCUCGCUAGCGCAGAGUCGCCGCGGAAGGGGGAGGACCAGAGGCAGAUGAUCCUCAUGCAGAAGACUGAUGACUCAAGCCUGGAGGCCCAGCUGCAGACAGAAAGGGAGGCUUUAGACAGAAAGGAGAAGGAGAUAAGUAACCUGGAGGAGCAGUUAGAGCAGUUCAGGGAGGAGCUGGAGAACAAGAGCGAGGAGGUCCAGCAGCUUCAAAUGCAACUGGAGAUCCAGAGGAAGGAGCUGAAAACCCAGCAGGAGGACCUGGAGCACAAGAGUGGCCUGCUUAAGGUCUUGGAAGAGAAGGACAGGCAGAUAGCCCUUCUAAAUCAGCAGCUCUCUAUGCUUCAGAAAAUGGGAACUGCACCCAAUAACAAGAUGAUUGAAGAGAAGAAUGAGUUAUUGAGAGAGCUGGAAGCGCAGGUUGAGUGUUUGAAGAGUGAGCAGGAGCACCUGAGAAGGAACAAUGAACUUGAGGUCGAUCAACUCCAUGACGUCAUUGAGAAGCUGCAGCAGGAGCUUUUGAAGAUCGAGCACAAAAGCUCUGAGGAAUAUCUCCCGGACACUGAGGACCUGAGCGGUGCCACCAGGGAAGAAAUCAGUUUUAGCAAGGAAGAGUUUGAUGAGAUGAAGCAGAAAAUAGAUGAGACUACUCAAGAACUGAACACACUGAAGGCGAAUCACAACUCGCUGCUGGAGAAAUGCAGAGGUCUAGAAGAAGAGAAGCUGGAUGUGUUGAGCGCCAAGGAGAACGAAAGGUCACAUGUGGAGGAGCUGGAGGAGGCGUUGCAGGAGAAGACCGCUGUGGCCGUCGUCAUGCAGGCGCAGAUUCAGGCCUUAGAGCAGAGCGCGAGCUCCAAAGUGGCCGAUCUGACGAAACGGGUGGAGGAGCUGGAAGCCUGUGUGGAGGAGAAAGACUCUGAACUUACUGACUGUAGGUUGCGGGUGGAGCAGGCCCAGGCUGAGGCUGCUGCACUUCAGCUCAAGAUCUCCAGCCUGGAAGACAAACUCAGGGACAAGAUGGCCGGUCUGCUGGUGAGCCAGGCCCAGCUAACCAAAGAGCUGUGUGGUCAGACUUCUGAAGCAGUGGGUCUUCUGGAGUUUUGCCCACGUGAGGCAGGGAAAGAUGCCUUUGAAGGCCCAUCUUCAAUCCCAGAAACCCCUGAAGAGGUCAGAGAAGGCAGACGGACACCGGUAGCGAAAGUGGUACGUCUUGCGGAGAAGCUGAAGGACCUUGAGGAAUGCUUGCGUGAGAUUCAGAAGGAUCAGGAGCUACAGAAGCACCUCCUGUUCAGUUCAGAGGAGGAGGUAGUGGAGUAUGAGAAGAGACUGGCAGUACUAAUGAACCUCCUCAACCAGAUGACCGCAAAAUCCAUCCACCGAAAAUCACCACCACUAAGCACAGAGUCCAGCAGUCUCGGUGAGGAGGACCCCGCCACCGACUCGGGGCUGCUCCUGGAGAUGCAGGAGGAACGACAGGAAGCUGCUGCCAUCAGAGAAGAACUGAGAACGUACAGGGAGCAGAGCGAGAGGCUGGAGAAGGAGUUACAGGUUAAAGAAUUAACUAUAUCUCAGCUUCAAGAGGACCUUCAAAAGAAGUGCGAUGGCGUGUCCAAGGAGUCAGAACUGCUCCAGGAGCUGCACGAGGUUCGCCGGGAAGCUGCUGUCACCAAAGAGGAGCUGAGUGCCUACAGAGAGCGGAGUGAGCAGCUACAGAAGGAGAUGGAGGAGAGAGAGAUGGCUAUUGCUGGCCUCAGAGAAGAUCUCCAGAGGGUGUCUGAUAUAGAGAGAAAGGAGGCCUCCACUGCUAAGUCAGAGCUUCUGAAGGAGCUGCAGGAGGUCCGAGAGGAAGCCGCAGCCGCCAAAGAGGAGCUGAACACCUACCGGGAGAGGAGUGACAAACUGAGAGAGGAACUUCAGCUCAGAGACGCCUCCCUGGCCAAGCUUCAAGAGGAGCUCCAGCAAGUGGGGGCCGCUUUGGCCAGGACCCAGGAGGAGCCGUCUUCCCAAAAGGAGGAGAAAGGGGGGAAACUCAAAGCCGUAGAGGAGACCCAAGCUUCCUCCCCGGAAGAGAUGCCGUCCCCCGUGAGGAAGAACUCCAUGUCCCAGACUGACAGGCCUUCCGUCUCAAGCGGCGGCGUCCAGACGGAGCGGCUGGUCUUUAUGGAUGCUGGGGCGCAGGCGGAUCUGGCCACGCCAGGACCCGACGCUUCGGAGGAGAUCGCGGAGGUCAUCAGCGAAUACGAUGAGCGGAUCGGGCAGAUGCAGGAGCUGCACGCGGCCGAGAUCAUGGACAUGGAAGCCAGGCACAUCUCCGAGAGUGAAGCACUGAAGGCCGAGGCCCAGAUGCUGCAGCAGGAGUGCCAGACUCUGAAGGUCGUCAUCGAGAAGCUGAGGACCGCUGAGUCUGUCUCAUCUCGGCCAGAGCAGCCCGUCCUCUCACAGAGCAGAGAUGAAUACACCAGCGAAAGCGGCUCGGACUGGAGCCAGCACACUUGUGACGUCUCGAGCCUUAACCAGGAGUUCAGAAGCACUCCAGAAGGGGGCAGGAGGGACAAUGGGACUGGGCAGGGUUCCAUGGAGAUCUUGCCUGACAGGAUUAAGAGCCUGCUGAGAGAGGUGCACCAGGAGGGCAUGCAGGUGCUGUCCCUGUCCGAGCUACCCCUGCUGGAGGGGGAGCAGCCGGCCACCCCGCCGAGGCCCCAAGGAUGGCUGAGGGAGCGAGAGGCCCUGCUGGCGUCCAUCAAUUCCCUGAAGGCCCUCAUUUCCAGAAUGCAGGCCUCCAGAGAUGAACAGUCAGGAGAGGGUGCCACGGACUGGCGGGCGGAGCUCCUGAGGGCAGUGCAGCAGGUCUUGGUGAGCGAGCGCGGUGUGCUCAAGAGCGCCCUCUAUGCACGGCUGGAGCAGUUGGACACCAGUGACGUGGUCGUUCAUCUCAACCAGCUGGAGCGCCGCCUAUCGGAGCAGGAGGCCCAGCACAGGGAGGCGGUGGAGAUCCUGCGGGGUGCGGAGAGACGCAGCCUGCUUAUGGAGGUCCAGCAGCUCCGUUCCCAGAUGCAGCUAGUCCAGCAGGAGCCUGGCCAGAUAAAGAUCUCUGUACUGCGGCCUGCUCAGAGUCCCAGCCCAGGUGAACGGGACAGGCAAGAAGGCCAAGGGACCCCAAGUGGGGCCGGUGCAUCUCAGGACCUCCGUGGGCUCCCCGCAGACAGGAUGGUGCUGGACGAACUGAAGGGCGAGCUGGCCCAGACCAAACUGGAGCUGGAAACCACCUUGAAGGCACAGCACAAGUACCUGAAGGCUCUGGAGUCCCUCAGGAGCGAAGUCACAGAGAAGGUGGCUGAGGUGGACAGGUUGACCGAGGCUCUGGCGAGUGAGCAGAGGAAGUCGAGGGAGCUUCAGUGGGCGUUUGAGAAAGAGAAGUGCAAGCGGGACAAAAAUGAGAAGCAAGAGCAGGAGGAGCUGGAGGACCUGAGGCUCGCUCUGGAGGAGCAGCAGAGCCGGGUAGCCCAGCUGAGCGAGAGCCUGGAGCAGCAGCAGGGGCUGACGGCCCAGCUCCAGCGGGACGUGGACACCGGCCGGGCCCAGCUGUCCCGCGUGCAGAGCCGAGCGUCCGAGCUCCGGGUGCAGCUGGAGUCGGCACGGGCCCGGGCCCUGGAGCUCGCUGGCGCCCUGGAGCGGGAACGGGAAACGCGGCAGCAGCGCGGUGCAGGGGAUCCCGAGGCUGAGGAGGGAGCCCAGUCCACUGGAGCCCUCCUGGAGGCACUGCAGGUGCAGCUGGAGGAGAAGCAUGGCCGGCUGGUGCACCUGGUGGAGGAGGUGGAGAGGUACAAGCUGGAGGCGUCGCAGGCCGAGUUGCAGAGGGAAGAGGAUGAGCGGGCGAACAGGAUCAACACUCAGCAGGAGCAGGAGGCCCAGCUGAAGGUCCUGCAGGCCAAGGUGAAGGAGCUGCAGAGGCUGGUCCUGCAGCUGCAGCAGGAGAAGAACCGUCUGGAGAACAAGGUGGAGGAGCUGCAGGCUUCUGCACGGCAUGCGGAGGCUGGAGACCCCAAGGAGACACCGUGGCCCAUCGCCUCGACCCAGGAGGACCCGUGGAAAGGGGAGAGCCAGCCCAGCGACAGGACCAGAGACUGGGUGCUCAGGCAGAAGGUGUCAGACGUGCUGACGGCGGAUUCCGGCACUGGCUCUCCAGAGGCUCCAGCAGGGGGCGCUACUCCUGCAGAAUCCCAGCAUGUGGCCGCUAUUGUGAACAGACUGCAGCUCAUCGCGACCAAGAUCAGGAGCAUGGUGAACAGGAUGCCUGUCGACGAGGUGGACAGCAAGGCACUGGUGUGGCUCCAGGGAAGCGUUCAGAAUGUGAUCUCGCUGGUGCAACAACUACCUGCCAUCCCUCCUGUCCCAGAGAGCGCGAUGGCCAGUGGUCCGUCCAGCUCGCUGACAGAGCGCCUACUGAGGCAGAACGCUGAGCUCACCGGCUUCGUCAGCCGGCUCACCGAGGAGAAGAACGACCUCCGAAACUCCCUGCUGCGUCUGGAGGAGGAGCAGAGGGUGCACCGACAGAGAUGCCUGGGCAUGGGGGAGCAGACGUCCCGGAGAGCUAUGGACGACCAGGCCGCCCUGAGCGCGCUGCUGUCUUCAGAGCGUGAGGCGUGGGCGCGGGAGAGGAACCGGCUGCAGAAAUCCCUGCGGCAGGCAGAGGCAGAGGUGUCCCGGCUGAGGGCCGAAAUCCGCACCGAUUCCCUCCGAGACGUGGCAGGCCCCGAGGCCGACACCGCCGCCCUAAAGAGGAUCUACGGAAAGUACCUCCGUGCCGAGAGUUUCCGGAAGGCUCUGAUCUAUCAGAAGAAAUAUUUGCUGCUGUUGCUGGGUGGCUUCCAGGAAUGUGAGGAGGCCACUCUGUCCCUGAUCGCGCGGAUGGGGGGCCGGCCACUGCACUCCGGCCUGGAGGCCAUAUCCCAGCGUCGGAGGGGCUUCACCCGCUUCCGGUCCGCCGUGCGCGUCUCCAUCGCGCUCACCAGGAUGAGGUUCCUGGUGAGAAGAUGGCAGAGAGCCACCGGGUCGGGGUCCAGCUCCUCGUCCAGCGUCAACAGGAACGGCUUGGCUCAGAUUGCAGGAAGCGAGGUUAGAAUCGAUUCCCCUUUCCUCCAUGCCGGAGGGCUUGAAGUCUGCGGAGAGCGCAGGGGAACCAGCCGCGGACGCACCGGACCAGAGUCUCCCAGGUUCCACACUGUGACCGAUGCCGGCACCCUGGCCUGCUCCCACCUGCAGAACUACGACCCGGACAGGGCGCUGACGGACUACAUCUCCCGCCUGGAGGCCUUGCAGAGGAGACUGGGCAGCGUGCAGUCCGGUUCUUCAUGCGCUCAGUUGCACUUCGGGAUACGCAGAUGAGUCACUUCUCCACACUAAAGCUGGCAUGAGAAUUCAGUUGCCUUUCUUGCUGAUGAGCUGCUGUGUUUCGUUCUUACCGCGUGUGUAUCUGUGGGACCAAAACCAUCUCGUGUGACAUUGUCUUGGGCUUUUUUUUUAAUCCUGCCCAGCUUCAACAAAAGAAGAAUCGGCUUCUGUGUAAAUUAGUCUGCGUAUUUGUUGUGCAUAAAUACAAUCAAGCUCUUAAGUGUAUAUUUGUGGAAUGGUAAUUUAAAACAAUUAAUUUAUACUGUUUGUACUGUUUUUGUGUGGGUGAGAGAGAAGAUGGGGUAUGCCUGCUUUUGUGAGAAGACUACUGCAGGUUUUAAUGCUUUAUGCUUGUUACUAUUGUAGCGGUGUGACGGACAGGACAGAAGAAAUUUGUAGACAUAUUUUUGUAAAGGCACAGUAGGAGCUUUGAAUUUUAAGGGUAUUUUGUCAAAAAUGAAAAUAAAGAUUAUUAUAACAUUUGAAAA